CAAUAUACGUUUCCACAUUAUCGUAUAAUUCAUAGAUUCUAAAUGUUGGAAUAAUCGUUCGUUUUUUCUUCUUUUUUUAAAAGGGUUUUGUUUUAUUUUAACAUCCAAUGAGUUUUCUGAACCGAGAGUACCAAGAACAGAUUAAUAUUGCAGAGAAGGGCAAGGUUCGUCCGGAAUCUUUGCGGUUGAGAAUCAUGUUUUGAAACCGUUUUGUGCCCUAGGCAGGUUAUUCGACCCGUUUGCCGGACACCCUCCAUCAAGAAUGUUCAAGAAGUUCGACGAGAAGGAGAGCAUCUCAUGCACCCAACAGUUGAAGUCGUCCGUACAGAAAGGUAUAAGAAACAAGCUGUUAGAGCUGUACCCGCCUCUGGAGGAAUACGUGGACCAGAUACUUCCCAAGAAGGACACGUUCCGGCUCCUCAAGUGUCACGACCACAUCGAGAUAAUAGUCAACACAGCCGGGGAGCUGUUGUUUUUCCGCCACAGGGAAGGCCAGUGGAUCCCCACCCUCCGCCUCCUCCACAAAUACCCGUUCAUCCUCCCUUGGGAACAAGUGGACAAAGGUGCCAUCAAGUUUGUCCUCUCCGGCGCCAAUAUCAUGUGCCCUGGGUUGACUUCGCCCGGUGCUAAGAUGACAAAAGUCGACAAAGGUGCGAUUGUGGCCGUCAUGGCUGAAGGGAAACAGCACGCCCUCGCCAUCGGAAUCACAGCGAUGAGCUCUGAUGAAAUACUCAAAGUGAACAGAGGAAUCGGAAUAGAAAAUUGUCACUAUCUCAAUGAUGGACUUUGGCAAAUGAAGAUUUUUAAAUGACCUUUGCUGAACUGCCAUUACAUUAUUUUUAAAUACAAGACUGUAAUAUAAUAUGUUCUUUGGAUAUGUGAUUAAAGCUAUAUUAUCUUA